AUGAGAGAAGAUCGUGGAAGCCUGACAGCAGCCAUCUUGGACCUGGUGGAACUCUACUGCAACACGUUCAAUGCAGACUUCCAGACAUCAGUGCCCGGGAGCCGCAAGCAUGAUCUGGUCCAGGAGGCCUGCCAUUUCUCAGGGGCACUAGCCUUCACUGUCUAUGCCACUCACCGCAUCCCCAUCAUCUGGGUUACCAGCUAUGAAGAUUUCUACCUCUCCUGCUCCCUUAGCCACGGCGGCAAGGAGUUGUGCAGCCCCCUGCAGACGCGAAAGGCUCAGUUCUCCAAGUACCUAUUCCACCUCAUCAUCUGGGACCAGCAGAUCUGCUUCCCCGUGCAGGUGAACCGACUGCCUCGGGAGACCCUGCUGUGUGUCACUCUCUAUGCUCUGCCCAUCCCCCCACCUGGAAGCUCCUCAGAGGCCAAUAAACAACGGAGGGUGCCCGAAGCCCUGGGCUGGGUCACUACCCCACUCUUCAACUUCAGGCAAGUCCUGACCUGUGGCCGGAAACUUCUGGGCUUGUGGCCAGCAACACAGGAAAACCCCAGUGCCCGCUGGAGUGCACCUAAUUUCCACCAGCCAGAUAGUGUCAUCCUGCAGAUUGACUUCCCCACCUCAGCCUUUGAUGUCAAGUUCACCAGCCCCUCCAGAGACAAGUUCAGCCCCCGCUAUGAGUUUGGCAGCCUUCUGGAAGAAGACCAACACAAGCUUAAAGACAUCAUGCAGAAGGAGUCCCUGUACUGGCUCACUGAUGCUGACAAGAAGCGCCUGUGGGAGAAGCGGUAUUACUGCCACUCACAGGUGAGCUCACUCCCCCUGGUGCUCGCCAGCGCCCCCAGCUGGGAGUGGGCUUGCCUGCCAGACAUCUAUGCCCUCCUGAAGCAGUGGACCCACAUGAACCACCAGGAUGCCCUGGGGCUCCUGCAUGCCACGUGAGUUGUAGCACCCACUUGUCCCCACCU